AUGGUUCAAUUCAACCCAGCCGAUUACCACAAUGAGUCAACUCACUUGUCAAUCAAUCAUGAGGCGACUAUUGGUCUAGAUUCCACCAAUGCCUUUGAAGGCCCAGAAAAGCUCCUAGAGGUUUGGUUCGCAGCCUCGCCAAAUGACCUACCAUCCACCUGUGCUCCUGGUGGCCUCAAAAAUGUCCACGAACAGCGAUGGAAGGAUAUGCUUGAUCUUGUCAAAUGCAAGGUCUUGUCGGUCGUCACAUCUGAAGACGUUGAUGCCUAUCUCCUCAGCGAGAGCAGCAUGUUCGUUUUCCCACACAAGCUGAUCCUUAAAACUUGUGGCACCACGACUUUAUUGCAAGGGCUUCCCGAUAUCCUCGAGAUUGCUGCUCUCGACGCCGGGUUUGCAUACACUCCUUCUAGAACCGGUAAACGAGCUGCAGCUACUACCUACAGAGUGUUCUACUCCCGUAAGGCCUUCAUGUUCCCUACCAAGCAACUCCAUCCCCACAGGAGCUGGAACGAUGAGAUCGCUUGCCUCGACACCAUGUUCAUCAAGGGAAGCGCUUAUAUGAUUGGCAAGAUGAACGGAGAACAUUGGUACUUGUAUACUACGUCUCCAAACCAAGAGUUGACUCCUCCGGCAUCACCAAUCGAGGUUGAGCAUAGCUCCAACGGCACCGAGACAAAGAUGAUGUACUUUCCAAACAGUAUCAGAGGAGAGGAUGAAACUUUGGAGGUUCUCAUGACAGACCUCGACCCAAUCAAAGCCAAACAGUUCUAUCUAGACAACGCGAGUGCGGUCGCGCAUAAACAAUUCUUUGGGACGAACGGCUGCACCACCAACGGGUACGUCGCUGAGAGAUACGGACCACUGUCCUCUCGUCUCGGAGACUCUGACAGCUCUGAUUCCGAGACUGAAUUGGAAUGCCCAGCGGAGUUGACGACGGAGGGCCAUGCCCUGGGAACCGUCGUUGCAGAAGCGUGUGGAUUAGUUGAUGUCUAUCCGAAAGCUAAAUUUCCAGAAGCCCGGAUCGACUCGUACCUUUUCACCCCCUGCGGUUUCUCUGCCAAUGCAGUCAUCCCCACCGAGACAGAUACCCAUUACUGGACUGUCCACGUUACCCCGGAGCCACACUGCUCCUAUGCCUCAUUCGAGACCAACGUCCCUGGAAACCAAACAGGUCGUGAGACCGUAGACGUUAUCCAGCACGUCGUUGACAUCUUCAAACCGGGCAAGUUCUCAGUCACAUUGUUUGAAGCCCGUCCUUUGUUCGAUCCUCGAUUCCAAGAUGUCGCUACCCUCAAGCGUUCCAACAGAAUGGAUAAAAUCAAGGGCUACAGACGCAUCGACAGAAUCGUCCACGACCUAGAGGGCUACGACCUCGUAUUUAGGUACUACGAGCGUGAAGAUUGGAACGGUCCAUUGGGGAAAAACAUCGGCUACCAUGAGUUCUAA